AUGGAGAAGACAAUCCCGCCCAUCCCGGCGUUCUAUGCCUGCUACCUGCUUCGAUCGAUAGCACGUCACUCCUCCACAUACAUCGGCAGCACGCCGAAUCCUCCGCGACGGCUCAAACAACACAAUGGAGAGGCCAAGGGCGGCGCGGUCCGGACGUCGAGAGACACUCUUCGACCAUGGGAGAUGACAUGUUUAGUGACCGGCUUUCCCAGCAAGAUCGCAGCUCUGCAAUUCGAAUGGGCAUGGCAGAAUCCAAACUUGACUCGCCAUAUCGCAGUCGACUCUCGCAUCACACAAACAAAGAUGAAAACCCGCAUAUCUCCAAAGUCGGGUAAAAUGCGAAAACGUGCUGCUCGACCACGACUGUGCUUGACGGAUCGACUGGCCAAUCUCCAUCUCCUCCUCCGAGCGAAGAGCUUCGAGAGAUGGCCGCUCAAGCUCACAUUCUUCUGCGAGGAUGUACAUCGCAUGUGGGUGAGAUGGACGACUCACCAGUUUGAGAACCUCCGACCAGGCUUCGAAGUAACCAUGGAUGAAUCCAGUCGUGCGCCUGCAAAGAAAGACCAGGACGAGACCGAAGCUCUACCUGCCGAUGCUCCGAUUGGAAUCAAUGCGCUCGAUUUGGGCUACACAGCCUUGAAGCCGCAACUCGAGAAGACUCAAGGUCUUCUAGGCCAGCCAGCGGCCCCGGAAUGUGCAAUCUGUCGCACAAGCACUCCCGCCACCGGUGCAGCGACUUUGGUGUGUCAUCGUGAGAGCUGUACCGCCGUCAUGCAUCUACAGUGCUUAUCCUCCGCAUUUCUGAAAGCGGAAGGCUCCGCCGAUGCGCUCGUGCCAACCAAAGGACAAUGCCCGGAAUGCAAAGGCGAGCUUCAUUGGGUCGACUUGGCGAAGGAACUCAGCUUACGCAUGCGCGGCGAAAAAGAAGUGAAAGCACUGUUCAAGCCAAAGCGUGGCAAGAAAGCUGCUGCUCCUUCAGCGGUGCAGGACGAAUCAGAGGUGUCCUCCGAUGAUGAUCCACUGGACCUUGUGCCGGAAGACGAAGAUGAGUGGCAGGUGCAGGCAGAUAGCAGUGAUGACGAGAUUGACAGGAACAAGAUCCGGAGUGAUCCAAGCGUCGGACGUGCUUCGGCGGCUUUCAGGCGACCGGCGUUGGUGCAGAGCUAUUCGGAGCCUGUGAUUGAGGACAGUGAAUGGGAUGACGCCGAGCUUGUGGUGUGA